GGGCUGGCAGCAGCCGCUGCCCCGGGCGUGCGGUGUGCGAGUCCUGCCGGUGUCCCUGCAAUGAGCGGCCCGGUUGCGGUGGGAAGGGGGAAAUGAUCUCACUGACGGCGCAGCCGCAUCGAGCACAAACCGGCCGCUCUCCGUUCUGCCUCGCUGCCUUUAACAGCUGGGGCAGAUUAACCCCGUACUACGUUUUACACCUCGGUAUUUGUGUCUGCAGCCGCGUCCCCGCAGCGCUCGCACACCGCGCAGCAGCCGUUCCCCUCCGGGGGCGGAGGCUGCGGGGCCCCUCCCUGCGCCGGGCGGUCCCGGGCCUGCCGCGGGCCGGAGGAGGCGGCUCCGGGCCGCGGGAGCGCCUCUGUCCCCAUGGCGGCCGCCGCGGAGGGGCCGCCCGAGGCCGGCGCGCAGCCCGCCAAGCAGGAUCCUGCUAUUGAAACCGCAGAGGAAGCUAAGGAGCCAGCUGAAGCAGAUAUCAAUGAACUCUGCAAAGACAUGUUCAGCAAAAUGGCCACUUACUUGACAGGUGAACUGACAGCCACCAGUGAAGACUACAAACUCUUGGAAAACAUGAAUAAGCUGACUAGCUUGAAGUACUUAGAAAUGAAAGAUAUUGCUAUAAACAUCAGUAGAAAUCUGAAGGAUUUAAAUCAAAAAUAUGCUGAUCUUCAGCCAUAUCUGGAACAGAUAAACCUAAUUGAGGAACAGGUUGCAGCUCUGGAGCAGGCAGCUUAUAAAUUGGAUGCAUAUUCCAAAAAACUUGAAGCCAAGUACAAAAAACUGGAGAAACGAUGAAAUUACAACAGUCUAUAAGCUGGAGUUGGGCAGUGAAUCGGACUGAUCUCUGGUUUUGCACAGCAGCAAUUCUGUAUGUUGACAAGGAUUUGGUUACAGCUGACAUGGAGACUGGGAACUUUUUCCAGCUAUUGAAUACAGUAGGCUGUAUUCAAGCUUAAGGCUGAAUAAUAUUUUCCUCUUCUCAAGGGGUACUGUUGCCUCAGUUCUGCAGUGAAAAGUAGAAGCUUGUCCUUAACUCAUGUUGACAUUGGCUAUAUGUGUGUUAGUCCUGUAUUCCACAUGAAAUACUUGGUCUAGGGAAAGUUUUCCAUAAUCAUAAGACAAUUUUCCCUUAGUAGCAGCAGGACCUAAACUUGAAUUUUUCCUUCGUUGAGCUCUGUGUUGGAAAGAUACCUGGUCCUUUGGACUUAAUGGGCGGGGUAUUGAAAACACUUCAUUUUGGUGUCCCCUUUUAUCUAUUUGAAAUAGAGAGACUAAUUACAAAUUUACAAUAAACUUGCUGCAUAUAUUUCUCUGGAAUCUCAAAUUCUGUUGGAAAGAUUACACAAACUGUUUUUUUAAUUUUUUUUAAAAAAGGAUCUAUUAAUAAAGACAAACUCCUUCAAGCUGCUAGGGAUGAUAGAAGAGAAUAUGUUUUAAACUGUGCAUUGAGUAUUCCUGCAGUUGUAUUCUUUGGCUGGACGUCUGGUGAAGUUUCAAGACAUAGUACUUUAUCACAUGCUCAGUUAACUUUACCAGUGAAUUUUGAUCCUAGUAGUUUUUGAAGUGGCAUGCCUAGCCCAAAGUCUGCUUCUCUACUAGGUUAACCAUGUUCCAAAUUGCUGAUUUGGCAGAGUUCUUUGUACUGAACAGGUAUUCCUUCUACUCCAAGUAUAUUUUUUCUGUACCUGUUGAUCUUAAGUAAUUCAGGCUGGCUUUUCAGUGAGUUGCAGUUGAAGACAGUACAAGUACUGAUAUGUAGGAAAGAAGUGGUUCAAACUUAGCAUGUUUAAAAGAAUGCCUAGUCAGGUUGCCAGUGUGAUAAAGAUCAUCAUGCUGUCAGGGUGUGUACAGCCACUAAUUAGUCAGGAUGGACAGUUUUCCCUAGUGCUCUUUAAAAAGAGUGAAGCAGAUGACUUUUGAGAGCCUUCACUAUCACUUUGAAAAUCCUGGGUUUGAAAUAGAAAUAGCAUUUUUGUGCUCACAGUGUUGCCAACAGGGGGACACAGGGAGUCCCUGCCAGCAGGGAAAACCACAGAUCGCACAGGAGAGGCACAGUUCGGACCAUGCCUUGUUUGUGUUGAAAAAGUUGCUUGUACACAAAAUACAGUGCCAUUUUAAAACUACAAGGAUGAAAACUUCCAGGGACUCUGAAUAUGGAGAUCCUUCUAGCCGUGCACUGUCAUCAAGUGCUUAGUGUUUUCAGGUAAGAAAAGUAAGAAAUAGUGAGUUCCUUCAGAAACUCUUGAGUAUUCCACCUCCAGGAUGCAAAAAUGAGAGAAGGGGCUUGUCCCACAAUUGACUUUAUUUUUGAGAGGAAAUUUAAGAGAUGGAGUUCCUGGCUGACUGGAGGCCUGUGUGACAGUGGCAUCCCAGUUAGAUUAAGAGCUGACAGCUGUGUUCCCAGUUGUGUCUCUGAAUAACUGUUACCCUCCCUGCCUGAGGGAGCUCUGUGUUGCUGGUAGAAUCCAAAUCAUGUUAAGGAUGGCAGGUGUUUGGAGGGUAGCACCAUGGAAGAGACAUAGGUGUGUGUGAACAGCAUUGUACUGGGGAAAUGUAUAGUCAGUCCAAAAAGCCAGCCAAAGCCAUGACUUGGUUACUGCUCAGAUGUUUCACCUGGAGAAUCCCUGAGAAAUUCCAGAGGAGGUACAGAAGGAGGUUAAAUCUCACAGUUCUCCUUUGCAGAACUUUCUGAUAGAAAAUAGAGUAAGAAAAUAGCAGGUUCUUAAAGGGAGGAACAGGAGGAAAACAGAACUAAAGGAGGGGUGAUGGAUAGGAGUCCAGGGGAAAAGUGUGUCUUAAAAGUGGUCUGCAAACCACUUUGGAGCUGAAACCUUAAUGUUUUUAAUGGCUUGGACUGCAACUGAAAACCAGGGGAUGAAAAUCAGCCUAGCAAAUACAGCUCUGUCAGCAGAAGCAGAAGAAUUCUGUUUUUCCAGCAUCUUAAGAUGGUCAGCCCAGUCACUCUAACAUGUUAUUUUGAAGUCAUUCAAGUUUCAGAGCAGUACUCAGUGGAGGUAUCCAGUCUUCAGAAUCAGGGCAAAUGGCUUUAACCCUCCUCUGAUCCCAAAGCGCACUUCAUAGCAUGGUGGAGUCUCCAGGUGCUGAAGCUGUUUUGCUGAUCUGCAUUGGCUUGCAGCUUCAUUCUUCCUUGGCUUUUCAGCAUGGAGGAAGAUGACUGGUACAAGCAAGCUGCUCCCUCAUUUGCUUUGGCUAUUUUAGUUGUGGCACAGCUAAAGAGGAAGUACAGUCAGUGCUUUCUUCUUUUUAUCUGGUAAGAGGACUUAUUUCUGUGAUCCUGUGACAUUUGUGGCUUUUUGCCUUUGCAGUGCCAUGCUAGUAAUGCAUAUCUAGCUUAUUAAUAUUUGAAAGGAAGCAACUUCCAUUGGUUUCACAUAAACAGUUAAUGGCAUUGUGGUAAUAUUACAGUUCAGUCUUUUCCCACAUAGUACAGAUUCAGCUCUCUUCACUGUAAUCACUAUAUAUUAUACAUUGAUGGGAAUGUGAUCAAGACAGGAAAUUCCAGCCAUUCAUCUGUACAUAUGUUUGGCAAGUUAUAUAAACUCUAUUUAUGAUUUUUUUUUUUGUGACUGUAAUAUUGCUGUAGUGAUCUUUAUGUACUUCAUAAAAUAUUGGGAAGAUGUAAGCUGGCGUUCAUCUAGGAAAAGGUGCUGUGGAGGGGGGAUCCUGGUAUUAUUUAAAUUUGUCUUUUUUUUACCCAAUGAACAGCUCUGUAACCACAGUUGGGGUUCUGAUAGGUCCCAUAGGGUCAGUGCAGCUUUAUCCCAAAUUGGGAAUGGACGUUUACAGGUCAUUACCCAGCUCAUUCUUCAAGCCACAGUACAUUUCAUAUGAGUGAAAUGAAGCCGUCAGAUGUGUACAGGACUUGAAAGAGAUUUUGGAAUGUAAGCUUUGUGGACACUGCUUUUACAAUAAAAGAUUUUCUGGAAUAUCAGAGAAACAACAAUUCAGUAUACUGCUUCUUUAUUUUGCAGUAUAAAUUGUAAUUCCAUAAACCCUCAUUGUAAUCACACAGAGGAUGACCCAUCUGCCCAGUCAUUGAUAAACUCUCCCCCCCACAGUAGACAGUAAGUACUGAGGCAAGAAUACAAUAAAUGGUCAUUAUUUAACAUAAAAAAACAAAA